AUUGAGUUGGGUUGGGCCGAAGGCGGCCCGGCCCGCCCAAAUGCUCCUCCCCAGUCUUCCCACUGGAGGACGGAGUGGGAGCUUCGCACCAGAGCAUUGGACAUAUUUGGAUAAUGCUGCGAAUAGUUUGGGAUUGAGAAGAAGAGGAGAUCAGAACAGAGCACUCAAAUGGCGACCACUUCAAUCUCCGCAAUACUCCUUCCUUCUUCUCUCUCAACGUGCAAAUCCUCCUCUAAGCCCACAAGGCCCAACCUCUGGUGUUCUUUCUCUCUCCCCUCCAACGCCAUCUCACUCAAACCCCUUAAACCCUCUCAUUCGCCCUCUAGGGUUUUCGCUGCUCCUGAGACUCUGGAUGUACCUGAAUCUUAUUCGCUCGAGGCUGAGGGUUCAGAAACUUCUGGUCCGUCCAAGGCUAUUGUUGGUGUAGACGCGGAAACGAUGGCACCGAAGCAGAAAAUUAGGAUUAAACUGAGGUCUUUCUGGGUCCGCCGAAUUGAGGACUCAUGCAAGCAGAUAAUGGAUGCUGCAAGAACAACCAAUGCAAAGACUAUGGGUCCUGUGCCAUUACCAACUAAAAAGCGAAUCUAUUGUGUGCUUAAGUCCCCGCAUGUGCACAAGGAUGCAAGGUUCCAUUUUGAGAUUCGAACUCAUCAGCGCCUCAUAGAUAUUAUACACCCAACUGCUCAAACAAUAGACUCUUUGAUGCAACUUGACAUUCCUGCUGGGGUUGAUGUAGAGGUCAAGCUCUAAAGAAACACUGUUUGGAGUAGCCUCUCCCACCCGCUCAACCCCUCAAGGUUUGUGAAAAUGGUGGGUGAAGUUUUAAGCUUCUGCAUUUUCUUCCAGUGACAGGCUUGUAUGUUUGAGAGAGAUCAAGUUUGGUGAUGGUGAUGGUGAUGUCCUGCAAGCUGUAUGCUAUAUGUGAAAAUUUGAAAAUGUUGGCAUUUUGAUUAGCUGGCUCCUUUCAUCACCUUUUCUUCUUCCAAUCUGACAAUUUCUUUGACAGUGACUUGCCAAAUCCAAUGAGGGCACCAGUGUGCAGGGUCUAUUUAGGUUAGUGAAUAUUGUGUAAUCAGCCUUUUUAUCUUCUUGACAAAUGUUUGCAUAAUAUUUUUAUCCUGAAUUUUUGAGCAUCAUGUUGAAUUUAUAUACAAUUCCAAGUUCAAAGCUAGAACUUAUAUGCUUCCAAA